GCUGUAUAAUUAUUGAAGAAAAAGGCGCCGCAGAAGGGGUGAGGGGCUCCUCCUAAAAGCAUCAUCUUCUUCUACACAUUCCUGCUUCUAAAGAUUGCGAAUCUGCAGUACAUUAUCCCAUAUAUGCAUAUAAUAUGCAUGGCCUGCUCACUAGCAGCCUAUUCCAUUGCUUUUCAAAUACUCCGCAAGCCCUAUAAUUUUGGCUUCGAAACGUGUCGAUGGCUUAAUUUUGGAGGGUAUUUAUGCACUUCCAUAAGAGAAUAAGAUAUUAGAAAAGGCACAAAAGAGCAUUUUCUUUGGAUUUUAUUUUAAUCCAAUACUCAUUGCCAGGCUGCGUGUAUUUCUAGAAAAGAAUCAAGUACUGAGCAACCAAAAGAUGGACUGGUUGAUUGGCAUGGAGUUCCGUCACUUAAUGGAACUGAUUAAGGAAUACUGAUAAACUUGGAUUACAAGAUUGUGGAAACAAAAGAGUCAGACAUGAAGAACUGGGAUCGUUGAAAUGGGGACUGCUGCCUAUGAUUUUUCUGUUAGUUGAUACGUGAAAGCGUUUGGUAUUUUUUUUAAAGUUAUUUUCACCAUCAUUUCAUCUGAAUCACAAGAAGAUUUGACAUAUUAUUCUUGCUUUCCAGAUUAUAAGUGCAUGUAAGAAUGCUGCUCAUUCUGUUUCGAAGAUGAAGUAUUAGAUGCUAUGUACAGGGUCCUGAGAAGAGUAUCAAAUUUACUUCCACUCAAAAGAUGCCGAUGAGCUAUAUAUGGCAAGAGUAAUGAUCAAUAAAAAGAAGGGGAAAAAGAAAGGCGAGCUUAACUGACAUAAUAAACAUCAAACAGAUAAAGCCUGUAAGGAAAUUAAUGGGCGUGAAAGGAUUACACUUCUCUUAGAGAUGAGAUCACGCAUUGAUGCUUCACUGUUUAGUGUCAACCUGGCAAAUGAUUCCCAUAAUCUCCCAUUUGUUAAAAAGGAUCAGUCAAAACAAAGGGAAAAAAAUAAAAUAAAAGAGAAUACAUAUAUUAAACUAUUGUCAAAGUUGGUUGCUUAAAGCAUUGAUGUGAUCUGAAGAAUUUGAUCUUGCUUUAUUCCUACUUAUUCCAGAGCUCACCGUCUAUUUAGAGCACCAGAUGACUGGCUGAGAUGUAUCGAUGUGCUAUAGUUGAUAGCAGAAAUUCUUUUUGACAGGUCUUACUGCUCCUUCUCCUCCUUCAAAGAGUGCUGAAUUAAAUGGCCGAUGAUAUAAAGAGCUGCAAUAAGUGGAAACCUUUCAUUGUGAUGUUAGCAGUUGAUUUUGCCUUUGCCGUUGUGAAUAUUCUUCUUAAGAAAGUCCUUGAUGAGGGGAUUAAUCAUUUGGUUCUUAUCACAUACCGCCUUUUAAUUUCUGCUGGUUUCUUAGGCCCCAUAGGCUACUUCUGUGAAAGGAAUAGCAGAACAAAGCUCACAUUUCGCAUCACAUGUUACCUCUUCGUGAGUGCAAUUAUUGGGGCAUCACUAACGCAAUUUGUCUUCCUUCUUGGUAUCCAAUAUACAUCUGCUACAUUUGCGUGUGCCUUCAUCAACAUAGUGCCUGUAGUCACAUUUAUAGUGGCAUUGCCUUUUGGGAUGGAGAAUGUAAAUAUAAAAUCGAAUAGCGGAAGAGCUAAAGUAGUGGGGACUUUGGUAUGUGUUGGAGGUGCCAUGCUGUUGACUCUUUAUAGAGGAAUGCCUUUAUUCAGCCAUCCACAAUCACGGAGUAUACAUCAAGCCAUUCAACAUGGUAUCAACCCGAAUUACACUAAAAGAGCAGAAAGAUGGACAAUUGGGUGUGUGGCAUUGAUUGUAGGAGUUCUUCUGUGGUCUUCAUGGUUUAUACUUCAAUCAAAUGUUAGCAAGAGAUUUCCCUACCAAUACUCUAGCACUGCCAUUAUGACCUUCUUCGGAGCCAUCCAGUCUGCGGUGUUAUGCUUUUCCACAGAAAGGAAUCUCUCUAUCUGGAUUCUCAAGGGAAAAAUAGAAAUCCUAACUGUCCUGUACGCUGGAAUGGUGGGAUCAGGCCUGUGCUAUGUAGCGAUGUCAUGGUGUGUAAAGAAAAGGGGCCCUGUCUUCACUUCAGCAUUCAGUCCCCUGGUUCAGAUAAUGGCAGCCAUGAUUGAUAUCCCUAUCUUGCAUGAGGAACUCCACCUGGGCAGCUUGCUAGGAUCCAUCAUUGUGAUAAUUGGACUCUACAUUCUGCUGUGGGGUAAGAAUAGAGAGAUGCAAAAUCAUGCAACAAAAGUCGCUCAAGAAGCUGAAGAGAUUAAAGAACAAGAGCCGCAAUCACAAGUGAUUACUGUCCCCUGUGAUGCAAGGUGUUCUUAGCGGACAAAUUAUCUGAUGUUCUCUUGCAAUUAAUCGUGCUCCACCGACUCUUCUCUGGUGUUGGGACUCUUCUCUGGUGCUGUAUUUCAGAGUUUAUCAAUAAAAUUUGCUUGCGGUAUUUUCUAACUCAAUAUAAGGCUUCAGGAUUAGUGUUCUAGAACUUGACAUUGUUAAAGUUACCAAUCUUACUACUACUCUAGUUGAGAUUCUAA